AUGACGAGAGUGCUUAGGCGGCGCUUCGCUCGCUGGCGCGUCGACCUUCCGGAGCAGAACCGUAGACACAUAAGGUCUAAAGAUAUCGUUGAACCUCCUGAAUCAAUUUGUAUUAGGAAAUGUAAUCGUCAGUAUAAUUCCUUGGUAGAUUUUGAAUGCCAUUUUAUUCUCUCUCCCUCAGGCCCCGCCAAGGUCCUGGCACUGGGAGACGAGGGCGCUGCAGCCCACGCCCACAUCAGCCUCACGCCCAUCUCGAACACCCGUCUCCCUCCCACGGACCAUGAACAUUUCACCGCGACGCACAUGUCUACGCCCACUCUCGCCCAUGAAGCAUUCACGCCUCCCGGUCGUACGUCAGGAGGCUCUCCCGCCGCAGGGCCACCCGCGCCCACGCCCAUGCCACCACCCCUCCUCGCCCCAGGGCCUCCUCCCGCCCACGCCCCGCAGCUGUGCCCAGGAGGUGACUUAUCGUGGGCGUGGUGCUUCGGUGAUGAUACAGACCCCGACACCAAGAUGGAUUCGCGAAGGAGGGAGAUGGAGACGCAUGGAGACCUCCUCGUGAUGAAGGAGGGAGGAGAUAAGAUGAUGGCGAGAAUAAUAAAGACGGAAGGGAGGGAGAGCGGCCGAGGCAGAGACGGAAGAGGGAGACAAGAAAGGCUAAUAACCGGUGGGAACGGAAUCGGCGAGGACCGGAGGGAGAACGAGGACGGCGGAGGAAAAACCUACGCAAGCUGGGAGGAACUGAAGGAGCGAGAGAGUAUGGAGAAGACGAGGGCGAAGAAAGCUCCUCCUGAGACCGAGGCUGACAACACCGCCUCCUCCACCUCCUCCUCCUCCUCCUCCUCCACCUCCUCCUCCACCUCCACCUCCUCCUCCAACACCCACGGCCCUGACACCUCCUCCUCCAACACCUCGUCGGCCACUGUUCACCACGUUUACCAUAAACCCGGGUUAUAUAACUUCAGCGCCCAGGUCCUGUGCGACGGCCGACCGCUCUCGAGGAAACACGUCGCCGGAGCCUUCCUGGUGGCGGUGCCGGUCCGGGGCGUGCAAAUCAGCGUGGCCGAGAGAGACGCCGUCCUGCCUCUCCUUCCGCGGCGCCUGCGAGAGGACCAGACGAGGAACGUGUCCAUAAACAUCUCAGUGGCAGAGGGAUCGCACCUUGACCCCCUCGCCCUCGAGCUGGAGGAAGGGGUCGAGUUAUUCUCGAAGCCUGACGUCGACGCGCAGAACGGCGGGUGGGUUGCGCAGUUCCUCUGUACCUGGAGACGUCCCGGCCGCUACCGCCCCAGGGUACGAGUGAGCAACGCCCUUGGGAGCGAGACGGUCUCACUGCACACAUCCAUCCUCGUUCAGAGCAUCCCGCAGACGCUGGUGGCCUUCCAUCAAUAUAGCAAUAAUGGGAAUGAUGAAUAUGGUUUGCAUCCUUUCUAA